UAACUUUUGGUGUCUGUUUCUCUUUUUUAUUACAGUCCGAGGCCAGUAACAUCAACAGUGAGGACAAACCCAGCCUGCCUCUCUCCUUUCACACUGAGUCCAAACCUACAGUCACUGGGUCCUGAUUGUGACAGUUGAGCCCAGUUUGCACUGCAGGAUCCAGAGAUGGCAUCAGUGAAGCUGGAAGACUGCAGUCAAACACUGGAGAUGGAUGUCAACAUUAAAGAUGAAGAAGAGGAGGAGAAGAUUGGGAAAUCUGUUAGUCAUGGUGACGUUGAGACAUUCUCUACAUCCAGAAAGCAGCAGGAAGAUCACAGAGCUAAGAGGUCUCACCACUGCCCACAUUGUGAGGAGAUUUUCCCAAUGCUAUCAAAGCUAAAAAUACACCUAAAAAUACACACAGGAGAGAAUAUGUAUUCCUGCACUGACUGUGGGAAGAGCUUCACAACAUCAAGGGCUCUGACAGUUCAUCAGAGAUGGCACACGGGAUUGAAGUCUUUCCCCUGCUCUGACUGUGGAAAGAGUUUCACAACAUCAAGGGCUCUGACAGUUCAUCAGAGAGUGCACACAGCAGAGAAGCCUUACUCCUGCUCCGACUGUGAAAAGAGUUUCUCCCGAUUGGAUAAGUUAAAUAGGCACCAACUAAUACACACAGGAGAAAAGUCUUACUUCUGCUCUGACUGUGGGAAUUGUUUCGCCCAAUUUAAUACCUUAAAAUCUCACCAGCGUAUGCACACAGGAGAGAAGCCUUACUCCUGCUCUGACUGUGGGAAGAGUUUCUCUCAACUGGGAAGCUUACAAACACACCAACGUAUUCAUACGGGAGAGAAGCCUUACUCCUGCUCUGACUGUGGGAAGAGCUUUAGAACAUCAGGGGCUCUGACAGUUCAUCAGAGCGUGCACACUGGAGAGAAGCCUUACUCCUGCUCUGACUGUGGGUGCAGAUUCUCUCAACGGAGAAACUUAAAAAACCACCAACAUAUACACACAGGAGAGAAGCCUUACUCUUGCUCUGACUGUGUAAAAUGCUUCACAACAUCAUAUGAGCUAACAGUUCACCGGAGAACACACACAGGAGAGAAUCCUUACUUCUGCUCUGACUGUGGGAAGAGUUUCUCCCUAUUGGAUACCUUAAUCAAACAUGAACGUAUACAUACAGGAGAAAAGCCUUACUCCUGCUCUGACUGUGGGAAGAGUUUCUCUCAACAGAGUAACUUAAAAAGACACCAACGUUCACAUACAGGAGAAAAGCCUUACUCCUGCUCAGACUGUGAAAAGAGUUUUUCCCAAUUGGAUAAGUUAAAUAGUCACAAGCGAAUACACACAGGAGAGAAGCCUUACUCGUGCUCUGACUGUGGGCAAAAUUUCUCUCAACACAGCAGCUUAAAGAAACACCAACGUAUACACACAGGAGAAAAGCCUUACUUCUGCUCUGACUGUGGAAAAUGCUUCACAACAUCAUCUGAGCUAACAGUUCACCAGAGAACACACACAGGAGAGAAGCCUUACUUCUGCUCUGACUGUGGAAAAUGCUUCAAAACAUCAUCUGAGGUAACAGUUCACCAGAGAACGCACACAGGAGAAAAGCCUUACUCCUGCGCUGAAUGUGGGAAGAGUUUCUCUCAACAGAGCAACUUAAAAAAACACCAAUGUUUACAUGCAGGAGAAAAGCCUCACUUCUGCUCUGACUGUGGGAAUUGUUUUACCCAAUUAUAUACCUUAACAUGUCACCAGCGUAUACAUACAGGAGAGAAGCCUUACUCUUGCUCUGACUGUGGGAAAAAUUUCUCUCAACACAGCAGCUUAAAGAAACACCAACGUAUACAUAAAGGAGAAAAGCCUCAUCAGUUCUCUCAGACCAGCUAAGGUUAAAGUCCAUCACUUAAUUCUCAUGUCAUUUUGGUGUGUUUUGUUAGCUUCUACUGUAAAGAGGAUAAGUUUUCUGUGGGAAUAAGCUAGUAGACACAACAUGUAUCAGAUAGAGAUGGUGUGAGGAUCAGUUUUUUGUGGGAAUAAGCUGGUAGACACAACAUGUAUCAGAUAGAGAUGGUGUGAGGAUCAGUUUUCUGUGGGA